UCCAUCCGGUGAACACAAAUGCCUUACCUGCGAUGGAAUUGAUAAUAUGGUGCUUUAUCUUUACCACUCUCAAAGGUUUUGCCUUGAGUGUUGGAGCCCCACCCGCAACGCUGUUGACCAGAACUGUUCUGGCCUGUGAAGAAGGAUGGUACGCCUUCGAGCAGAACUGUUACAAAAUUGGAGGCAGCAAGAAGAUUAUGAAAGUAACCUGGUGGAAAGCAUUAGAAUAUUGCACCGAUGUUGGUGGGAAAUUGGCUACAAUAAGUAGCGAAGAGGAAUUUGAUUUCCUGAAAACUUUCAUUAAUUUGGAAAUACGUGAAAAUAUCUGGAUUGGGCUGUCUGAUUCAAGACCGGGUGGCUUCUCCUGGGCAGAUGGCACUGCAGCAAACUUCACCAACUGGGCUUAUGGCGAGCCUUCGGACACAGUAGUUGGACAGAGUAACGAGGACUGCGUAGAACAGCGUUUCUGCGUCGCGCAUGGUAUGAGGCAUUGUUCAGCAAAAGGGAAUGGGGAAUGGAAUGACAGGUCUUGUUUUCAUGAGCUGCCUUUUGUUUGCCAAAAAGGUGUAACCAAAAUGUCAGCAAUUGAAGCACCAUUGGAUGCGAAAUUGUGUUCAGAAAACAACAACUCCGGGUGGAAAUAUCGAACUUCUUGCUUCAAUUUUGUUAAGGAAAGGAAAACCUGGACCGAUGCCGAAGAAUAUUGCAAAACAGAGUAUACGGGACAUUUGAUCACUCUGAGGGAUAAGACUUAUGAUAUGUUCAUCGACUACAUGCUAAAAGAUAUCACAGAUGAUAUUUGGAUAGGAAUACAAUUGAAAGAUUCGAACACACAAAGGUGGUCAUCCGGUUGGCUCGUAGUAUACAACGGCUGGAGAAGAAGCAGACGAAAAUAUUUGGAAGGAACGUGUGCGACGCGAAACGGAAUUGGAAACUGGACCAAUGAGCCUUGCACCAGGAAAUUUCCUUUUGUUUGCGAAAUUUCUAGUGAUCAACCACUUGUUCUAACCCCCGUUGCGAAUGACACAGUUUGCCCAGAAGGAGAAGAAGAUUUGCAAGAUUUGGGAGGGAACUUUUGUUAUUACUUUUAUACAAAAACGGAAGUCACUUGGCACGAAGCAAACUUCAUGUGCAUGCAAAAAGGCAGCACUUUGGCAAGUAUUCAUUCAAAAGAAGAAGCCGAAAUGUUAAAUCAUUUUGUUCUCUUUACAAGGGAAUGGCUUCAUAUCGGGCUUUACCGCGAUGCAGCAGAAGGAAACAACUUUGUUUGGGCCGAUCGCUCUCCAUUUGACUUCCAGUACUGGGAUGCAAACGAGCCCAACUCAGACUUAGAGAACUGCGGCUGCUUGUCCGGAACGACCAUGAGGUUCCAUAAUAUUUUGUGCGACAGAAAAUUACAUGGCUUCAUUUGCUCCGCUAGAAAAGUGUUACCGACUGUGAAGCGUGAAAAGAUAGAAGGAACAGCAGUAGAGGCAAAUGAAGAACAGAAGAAAAUGUGUGAAGAGAAAUACACAAGUUGUGUUCCAACAUCAAGUUUUAAUAUUCUAGUUGCUGCACUAGUGACAAUAAUAUGCUUUGAUAUUUUGUUAAGAAUACUUUGGAUGUACUAUGUCAAGAUUCAAAGAACCAAGAAUAUCAAUAACAGAUUAUCUCUCGAAUUUCACAAUAAAUAAACCAACACCAAAUCUGUCAACUGAACAAGACGGUAACCAAGAAAGUACAACGUUGCUUGGAUAUCGAACAGUUUAUCACGUAAUCUGAGGAUGUUCAACAUGAAAAGACAAACGUUGAUUGGAUAGCAAACAGCUAUACCUAUGAUAUUGUUUCACGCAAAACGUGUUUCACAAAAGAAAGUGUGAUGUGUGUACAUUUGUUUGUUCUUAAUCAAAUUGCAUUAAAAUGAACAAAAAAAUUUC